UUACCGACAUGAAGUCAGAUUUCAAGUUCUCAAACUUAUGCGGAACAGUUUAUAAAAAGGGAAAUCUGGUUUUUACACCGGACGGGAACUCCAUUCUCAGCCCUGUUGGCAAUCGUGUUUCUGUGUUCGACCUCGUCAACAACAAAUCAACCACUUUUCCCUUCGAGAUGCGAAAGAAUAUCGUCAAAAUUGCUCUGUCUCCUCAAGCUACCAUAUUGAUCACUGUGGACGAAGAUGGAAGAGCAUUGCUAGUGAAUUACCCUAGACAAAUCGUCCUUCAUCACUUCAACUUCAACGAAAAGGUCAACGACAUCGAAUUCAGCCCAGAUGGAAAGUACUUCGCCGUCACUCACGGAAAGCAAGUGCAAGUAUGGAAAACUCCGGGAUUCAACAGAGAAUUUGCGCCAUUCGUGCUUCACAGAGUGUAUACUGGUCACUAUGAUGAUAUCUUGAGCAUCUCAUGGAGCUUCGAUUCAAAGUUCUUUUUGACGACCUCAAGGGAUAUGACUGCACACAUUUAUUCCUUAGUUCCCACUGAAGGCUUCACGCAUAUGACUUUGGGUGGACAUAGAGACAGUGUGUUGGGAGCCUGGUUCUCCAAGGACUCAAAGGCAAUCUAUACUAUUAGUAAAGAUGGUGCAUUGUUCCACUGGCGUUACGCUUCAGUUGCUAAUAUCCUUGGUCAGGAGGAUUCUGAUGACGAAAUGAAUGAAGACAAAGCAGAUGAUGAAAUAGCAAAACCUGCUGACAGAGUUCGCUGGAGAGUUCAAGAACGUCAUUACUUCAUGCAAGCUGGAGCUAAAGUGAAGUCUUGUGCUUUCCACCAAGCUAGCAACCUUCUUGUUGUCGGAUUUUCAAGUGGAAUCUUCGGUAUCUGGGAGUUACCAACCUUUACCAACAUCCAUACUUUGAGUAUUUCACAAAAGAAGAUUGAUACAGUGGCAAUCAAUGCUACAGGAGAAUGGCUGGCAUUUGGUUGUUCUCAACUUGGACAAUUGUUGGUUUGGGAAUGGCAAUCAGAAUCCUAUGUCCUCAAGCAGCAAGGUCAUUUCUACGAUAUGACAUCCGUUGCAUACUCGACCGACGGCCAAAACAUCGUUACAGGAGGUGAUGACGGCAAAGUGAAGGUGUGGAAUUCAGUAUCUGGUUUCUGCUAUGUUACUUUCAGUGACCAUACCAGUGGCGUCAGUGCAGUAGAAUUCGCCAAACAAGGUCAGGUUGUCUUCUCAGCAAGUUUAGACGGAACCGUUCGUGCAUUUGAUCUUGUUAGAUACCGAAAUUUCAGAACAUUCACUAGUCCAACCCCCGUCCAAUUCACCUCAUUGGCAGUCGAUCCUAGUGGUGAAGUGAUUUGUGCCGGUAGUAUGGACUCUUUCGAAAUUUAUGUUUGGAGCGUUCAGACCGGCAAAUUGCUAGAUAUCCUUGAAGGCCACGAAGGACCUAUCUCCUCUCUUGGCUUCUCUCCCACUGGACUUCUUCUCGUCAGUGGUAGCUGGGAUCAAACUGCAAGAACUUGGGAUGUAUUUGGUCGAAAGAAAUCCAUUGAAACCUAUAAGCACACCAGUGACGUCCUUGCUGUCGCGUUCCGACCCGAUGGAAAAGAAAUUGCGACAUCUACUCUCGACGGACAAAUCUCGUUCUGGGAUGUUGAAGAUGCUAAGCAAACAUCCCUCAUUGAAGGACGAAAGGAUAUAUCCGGUGGACGUAAGGCAAACGAUCGAGUGACUGCCGAGAACUCAGCGUCUGGAAAGUCUUUCAAUUCUUUGUGCUAUACUGCAGACGGAUCAUGCAUCAUUGGUGGUGGCAACAGCAAAUAUGUCUGCAUUUACGACAUUGCCACCAAUAUUCUGGUCAAGAAAUUCCAAAUUUCAAUGAACUUAUCGCUGGAUGGUACUCAAGAAUUUUUGAACUCUAGCAAAAUGACCGAAUUUGGAUCCAAGGAAACUAUGGUGGACGACGACGACAUGUCUGAUCUCGAAGAUCGUCUGGACAAAUCCAUGCCUGGUGCUGCAUCCGGUGACUUGUCUGCUCGUCGUACUCGACCGGAGGCUCGAACAAGAGCUGUUCGAUUCGCACCAACGGGUCGAGCGUGGGCUGCUGCUUCCACUGAAGGUUUAUUGAUCUACUCCUUGGAUGAUACUAUUAUAUUCGACCCAUUUGAUUUGGAAAUCGACAUUACUCCUGAUUCAGUGUUGGAAACACUUGAAGGCAAAGAGUAUCUCAAGGCAUUGUGUAUGUCAUUCAGACUCAAUGAAAAGCCCAUUAUUCAAAAGGUGUUCGAAGGCAUUCCUCCCAAGGAUGUCGAAUUGGUUGCUCAGGAUCUCCCGGAAAAGUACCUUGAACGUCUUUUGAAAUUCGUUGGUGUUCACAUGGAAAACAGCCCUCACGUUGAAUUUCACUUGAUGUGGAUCACUAGACUCCUGAUGGCACAUGGAAGAUACUUGAAGCAAAACCGUGGCCAGUUCCAGGCUGUAUUCCGCACCCUGCAAAAAGUAUUGGGCUCUGUCAAGGAAGAUUUGGCAAACUUAUGUGAUUCCAACACUUACAUGUUGAGAUAUAUUAUCACUCAAUGUGAAAAGUCAUCCGGUGCCAGCAUGGAUGGUGUUCAACCCGAAUUAUUAUCAAUCUAAUGAAUUUCUGUCGAUUCAUCCAAGCUCAUGUAAUAUAAUCAAUAGAUCUUUUUUUUUUUUUCUUAAACAAAAAAGCUCGGUUUUUGCCAUCAUGAAGAUGGAUUUCAACACUCAUUUCCCACAAUGUACACUCAUAUAAAGCAAUCAAUCGUUUUUCAAAACUAGUAUAUUUUACAUGGUAUGCUGCCAGGUCUGGAACAUAAACUCUUCCGAAUGGUCAUACAGGUCAAUCUAUUUGUAUGGGGUCGAACCAUUAUGAAGCUUCGGUUGUGUCCAUUGGUGUAGGUUCCAGGGCAGGAGGUGGAUUCAGCAUUUUCUCUAUUGGCUGGCAUGCCUUGACAAUAUCGUCGAGCUGCGAAUCCAGAUCUUCUAAUUGAGAGCCUUCCAAUCUAUGUUCUUUGAUGAGUUGCAGACGUUCCUGAUUGAGAUCCUCCAAAACUUGCUUGAGUCUACAGUAAAUGUGUG